CUUAAAAGGAAGCUGAAUAUUCUGACUCGUCCUAGUGGAAUUUCAGUGGAGAACUCCAAGUGUGAUGGACCUCUGUUACAGAUUUUAUUUAUGAACAAUGUCAUUUCUAAGCAAUAUCACCAAGAAAUUGAGGAUUUUGUUUUUAAUUUAGUUCAGAAAUAUGAGGAGCAGAAGAGAAAUGAACAAGAAAAAACACACUUCAAUAUUAAGCCACAGCCCUCCAGUGUUCUUUUAGAAGAGGACUGUAAAACAGCAAGCUCAAAUUCUGUCAAAAAAAUAAAAGAAGCUUUUAGUGUUGUAGGAAGUGUUCUGUAUUUUACCAAUUUUUGUCUUGAUAAACUGGGACAGCCUUUAUUAAAUGAGAAUCCACAGCUGACAGAAGGAUGGGAAAUACCUAAAUAUCCGCAAGUUUUCAGCCAGAUUCUCUCCCUAGAUGGACAAGAAAUACAAGUAAAACCGAAAAGGCCAAAACCGCAUUGUUUCAAUUGUGGUUCUGAAGACCAUCAAAUGAAGGACUGCCCAAAGCCACGAAAUGCAGCUCGCAUAAGUGAGAAGAGAAAGGAGUUUUUGGAAGCUUGUGGGGAAACGAGCAAUCAGAAUUUUCAGCAGCGUUAUCACGCAGAAGAAGUAGAAGAGAGGUUUGGAAAAUUUAAACCAGGAGUAAUUAGUGGCGAACUUCAAGAUGCACUUGGUGUCACUGAGAAGAGUCUUCCUCCAUUUAUCUAUCGCAUGCGUCAGCUGGGUUAUCCCCCAGGUUGGCUCAAGGAGGCUGAAAUGGAGCACUCAGGACUUGCNNGAUAUUUCAUUGUAGAUGAUGGUGGAACAGAUGAUGAAGGAUCUCGUCAACCAAAACGCAUCACUUACGACGUCUCUAAGCUGAUAAACUAUCCAGGCUUUAAUAUAUCCACUCCAAGUGGGAUCCCAGAUGAGUGGCAGAUGUUUGGUUCCAUCCCCAUGCAGCCAUCUCAACAGAAGGAUGUUUUUGCUCACUACCUUUCUAAUUUUCAUGCGCCAAGUCCAAAAGCUAGCAAUAAAAGGGCUGCCUCUCAGUCCAGCUCUUAUCCUUCAAAGCGACCAAAAGAAGACAGUUUGGAGGUACCAGCAGCUGACAUGGACCUGGAUUCUGAUCUGGAAGUGUCACAAAGACCUCAAACUCAGAACAGUUUUGAGUUCCAACCUCCACUGCCACCUGGAAGUCCGUCACUAUCAACUCCUCCUCCUUUACCACAAGGAACACCCCCAACUCAACCUUCAACACCCACCCACACUCCUCUUCCCAGGACUACUCCACUGUCGAAUCCUUCCAGUGAUAAUCCUGAGCCAAAAAUAGUGGACUCAGUUAUGGAUGAGGAUACUCUGACCUUGGAAGAGCUGGAGGAACAGCAGCGAUUAAUCUGGGCAGCACUAGAGCAGGCAGAAAGCACAAACAGUGACUCUGACAUUCCUGUUGAUACACCUUUAACCGGGAAUUCUGUUACCUCAUCACCUUCCAGGAAUGAAGUGGAUCUUGUUGCAGAAGUAAGAUCAUCUGACAAGGUGAUUACAGUGGAAACGAGGUUUUCUGACAUCAGUGAACAGAUAGCAGAAAAGGAACGUUCUCUAAAUAGUCCUAAUCCAGAAGAUAGUUUACUUAACUUAAAGGAAAAUCCAGAUAACACUGAUUCUGAGGGCUUGCUGGAUAACACCAUGCCUGCUUCCAACAGUGACAUUAACAAUGGAGAAAAUAUGGGUGGUGAUCAAAUGGUCACAAACAUUAAGUCAUCUGCAAAGAACUCCAGUCUUGUUCCUGACAUGAGCAAGUUUGCUGAAGGGAUAACACCAUUUGAAUUUGAAAAUAUGGCAGAAUCAACGGGUGUCUAUCUGCGAAUAAGAAGCGUGUUAAAAAAUUCCCCAAGAAACCAGCAAAAGAAAAAGACUUCAUCUUAA